GGCACCCGAAUUGCUUUUUCUCCCCUUGACGUUGGCUGUCGAUGGCAAAAGCAAUGUGAUGUUUGUGUCACCCGAUCGGCCCCCUGGAGUAUAGAUACUCCUGCCCUGUGGAGUUGGGUACGGAGUAGAUAAGCCCUCCCAUGCCCCGGACCUUGUUAGAUUCUCUGAUUUCCAUCUUGCAAGCACAGUAGAGCUCGUCUCUUUCCAGUCUGCCACAUCAUCCGCAGCCAUGGAGAGCAAAAUUGCCCAAGCAUCGACUGCGAUCGAACAACUAGCGGCCCUCGACAUCUCCAACCAAAGCACUCACCCCGAGAUCGUCCGAAAAUGCCAGGCCGUGAUUAGCGCUCUAAAAGACCCUGCAGCAGUGGUCGUCGAGGCCCUUGCGUCCGUCACCAAGCACCCUUGCCUCGUGGUUCUCAGCAAUCUAGGCAUAUUCGAGAAGCUUGCUAGCACCAGCGAGUCUCUCACGGCUGCAUAUUUGGCACAGGAGAGCGGCGCCGACCGAGCGCUCGUUGUUCGACUCCUUCGACUCGCAGCGGCGUGGGGGGUGGUCGCUGAGACAGGGCCGGAGACGUACGCGGCCACGGGCGCUUCGAAGAUACUCGCGAUCCCAUCGGCCGCAGCUGGUCUGCGUGUAAACCAACGAACCGCCGAGCUCGUCAACAGCCUCCCCAAAUACCUGCAGGAGACGCAAUACCGCAAUCCCAGCAGCUACACCAACGGGCUAUUCCAGUACCACUACGCCACGGACCUCGGCAGUUUCGAGUACCGCGCCGCGGACGAGGAAUGGAUGCGCGAUUUCAAUCUCUUCAUGCAGGUUCCUAAUAAUGCAGGAGCUUCCUGGCCUGAGACCUUCGAUGCUCACAGCCGGAUCUUCGACGCUGGCGUUGAGACAAACCCCGCCGCUCCGCUGGUCGUCGAUGUCGCCGGUGGCGUGGGCCAGGACCUGCGCUUGCUCAAGAGCCACCUUGUCCCCGCGGGGAUCACACUCACAAAGGGCCAGCUCGUCCUCGAGGACCAGCCACACGUCAUCGAAAACGUCCCCGCGGACAUGUACGAUGAAGAUUUCACAUACGUGAAACACAACUUCUUUACGCCACAGCCGCUCAAGGGCGCGCGGGUGUACACGCUCAAGUCGGUGCUCCACGACUGGGCGGACGACAAGGCGCUCGAGAUCCUGCGGCAUAUCGCGGCAAGUCUGACGCCCGGGUACUCGAAACUGUGGGUUCUGGACCGCGUCGUGCCAGAGACGGGGGUCGACAAGAGUCUCGCGUGGCUGGAUAUCAGCAUGAUGGCCAUUUACGGCGCGCUGGAGCGGACGGAGGGGCAGUGGAGGGAGUUGUUGGGGAGGGCGGGGUUAAGGGUUGUUAGUGUCCAGGCGACGACUGAUCAUUUUGGGCUGAUUGAGGCUGAGCUCGAGGGGGUGCAGUAGAUUUGAUUUUGAUAAUACAGGCAGACCAAGUCACGGUAUGGAAGCAACAGACUACGUAUCUGGUACACUCCGUCGUGGAAUCGAUCUCUUCCUCCGUCUCAAAGGAUCUCGAGUCCCCACAGACAGCCGCAAUCCCUGUAUCCCGCAGAAGCUCGUCAGAGGGCUUUACGCUAAUAUUAGAUGGUUUCUAUCUCUUGUGCUUCAUUCAGAUCUGCGCGUUUGGUCUCGGACAUCUCCAAGUACUGCGCAAUGUACCCCCGAGCGGAUGACGAGGAUGUCGCCGCUGCGGAAUGUAGAUGUGGGAUCCAUGUUUUGGUAUCUCAGGGCCUCGAGGAGUUCGGAAAAGGAGAUCUCGUGCGCGGACGUGGCGUCGAUGGACUUGUUUUCGG